AAUGUCAUGUCCCAGCGUCUGGAGCUUGACGAGAAGAAGCAGUCAGUGGAACUUCUUCAGAAGGCCCUGAAUCAACAACGAGAACUGACUGUACGCCACGCCAAAGAAGCGGAAAAAGAAAUGAAAAGACUUCUUCAACAUCAGAAAGAUCAAUACGAGACUACGAUUAAGAGACAUCUAUCUUUUAUUGAUCAGUUGAUUGAUGACAAGAAGAUGCUGAAUGAGAAGUGCGAGCAAUUGGUGAAGGAGCUGAAAAGCAUGGACAAGAAACAUCAGGACAAGAUGAAGAGUCAGACGGACAAAUACAACAUAGAGCUGAAAAAAUUUAAAGAACUUUCGUUAACAUCAGAAAAAAUACGGCGUGAGAAAUGGAUCGAAGACAAGACGAAGAAGAUUAAGGAGAUGACGGUGAAGGGGCUUGAACCUGAGAUCCAGCGUUUGAUUGCCAAACACAAAGGUGAAAUGAAUAAAGUGAAGCAGAUCCAUGAAGCUGAAUUGCUGGAGUCAGAUGAGAGGGCUGCCCAGAGGUACGUGAAGUUGACCGAGGAAUUGCGCUCCCAGCUGGCCAAGGAGAAGGAAGAAGCUUGCUCACAUGAAAGGGAGCUUGCCAAACAAAGAUAUGAGAAACAAAUCCACCAGGAGGAAGAGUCCUUCCAGAACGAGCGCCGCCGUUUGUACAGCGAGAUCGAAGACGAGAAGAGGAGGCUUGCAUCCCAGUCUUGCCGAGAGCGUGCAGAGAUUGACCGACUGCAGCAGCAGCUGCACGAUGCACACCAGCAGCUGCUCAGUUCAACCAAGGACGAGUUUGAUAAAGCACGAGAAGAACAGGAGAGAAGACAUGCUGUAUGUACGCCCCACCGACUUCUUCUGUUUCCUUCUCUUCCUUCUUCUUCCUUCUUCUUCCUCAUCUUCUUCUUCUUCCUUCUUCUUUUUCUACCUCUUCUUUAAUUCUCCUUCAUUUUC